UGCUUCCUGUUGACAGCCAUGGCCUAUGACCGGUUCCUGGCCAUCUGCCGGCCCCUCACCUACAGCACCCGCAUGAGCCAGACAGUCCAGAGGAUAUUGGUGGCUGUGUCCUGGGUCUGUUCCUUCACCAAUGCACUGACUCAUACUAUUGCCUUAACUACCCUCAACUUUUGUGGUCCCAAAGAGGUCAAUCACUUCUACUGUGACCUCCCACAGCUGUUCCAACUCUCCUGCUCCAGCACCCAACUCAAUGAGCUGCUGCUCUUUGCUGUGGGUUUCAUAAUGGCGGGUGCACCUGUGGUUCUCAUCGUCAGUUCCUAUAUUCAUGUAGCAGCUGCAGUUCUACAGAUCCGUUCAGUAGAGGGCAGGAAGAAGGCUUUCUCCACAUGUGGAUCCCACCUCACUGUGGUUUGCCUUUUCUAUGGGACAGGUAUCUUCAACUACAUGCGCCUGGGUUCAGAGGAGGCUUCAGAUAAGGAUAAAGGGGAACAUUUCCCAGGAAGACAGUAAUAAAAAAGAAUGGUCCAUAACCAUUUUUCCUAUUUCCUGAUGUCUGAGGAUUGUUGCUACCUGAUUGUCUGACAAGGAAAGUCUGCCUACUUCUUCAUUUAUUUAUUUAAUAAAUA